CCGAGUUUCGGGUUCCAUAUUUUGGAAAAGUCUUAACGCGUGAGUCACGUUUCACACACUGUCUUGUCAAAUCUGUCUUAAGGAACACAUGGUUGUCUACCUUCUGAUGUUCACCGGUUCGCGAGUUUUGAAUUAGACUGUAAAUUGAACACAUAUGCGAUGGUCGGGCGUGGUUACACUUUUGGAAGUUGUUCCAACCCAGGCAACUGUUUUUAAAAGAAUACUGUGGCAGAGUCGAGUGGGUAUACUGAGAUGGUGAUGCUUUUUAGGUGGGUAUACAGAGUAGUCACGUAGACUACACCACUGGCUGAAAUGGAGCAGUGUAUGGCGAGGCCAGAAGCCAAAAAGAGAAAACCAGCACAGCCCAGACCCCCAUCUGCUCCCCCAAGGCCACCAAAGCUCUCCUCUGAGCUGAGCGGAAACCGGACAGAGACACAGGGGAAGACCACAGUUGAGACAGCAGCAGCUCCUCUCAAGCCCAGUGAUGUGGCAAACAUGAACAGAAUCCAGAGGGAGAGAACGGCUCAAACUCCAGUUAUCCCUCCCAAGCCAGCAGAGAAGGAACUCCACACCACGGUUGCACACAGGCGAUAUCAGACAUCAAAACCCCAGGAUAAUCAGAAUAAGAACACAGCCACGUCACAACCUGUCAACCCACCAAGGCUUUCCAAACAGAUUCCUAAAGAGAAGGCCCCAGAGGUUUCUGAAGCAGCGAGAGAUACAGACACAGACUUCAGACAGGGUAACGUAGCCAAGCUCACAGAGAUGUUCCAGAAAGGUCCAAAAGAACAAGCGCCUACUUUUAAAAGCUACAUAUCAGACUCUGAUCCUCCCAAAUCGGAGGAGAAACCUGAACCUGAGAAGCCCACCACUGAAAUUAAGAAGGGUGGAUUCAAAGGAAUGCUGAACAAGACCAAUCGAUCCAAAUCACAGGCCAGUGUGGACGAUGAUCUCUCUGCUGAGGAGCCUGAUCCAGAGAAGGAGCAGUCUGGUGAUGAGGUUGAAGAGAAGAGACCGAGUGAAGGCAAACAUGGGAAAGGAGGUUUCAUGGCUGGCAUGUUCCGAGGCCUCCAAAAAGAGAAGACAUCUGCUCCUGACCUAAGGGUGAGCCCAGCCAGCAGUGAUGCGGAGAACACAGAGGAGGGGGAGCCUGUAGAAACAAAGGAGAAAGGUCUUUUCCACGGGAUUUUCAAAAAGUCUCAAAAAUCAGAUGUUGUAGAGGAGGGUCUUUCCCAUAAUCUCUCUGCCAGUAAUGACAGUCUGUCUGACACCAGCAACAAAGAGAAAGGCGGCAUUUUCAGUGGAAUAUUCAAGAAACCCAAACCAUCUCAAGAUGAGACACCUGACCAGGACAACCCGUCUGUGCAUAGUAAUCUCUCAGGCAGUGAUGAUGACAAUCUAGCUGAAAACAGCAACAAGGCUAAGGGGAAAGGAGGUAUGUUGACUGGAAUGUUUAAAAAGACGCCCAAGUCUAAACAGCCUCCCAAACCCUCGGAGGAUGAUGGGUCUAUAGAGGAUCUCUCUGCACAUGGUGAACUCUCAGCCAGCAACGACAAUCUCUCAGAGGAGAAAGAAGGUCUGUUCAGUGGCAUUUUCAAAAAGGCCUCCAAACCCACUGAUGAGGAUAAACGGUCAUUACAUGGUGAACUUUCAGCUAGCAAUGACAGUCUCUCUGAGCCCACUAAAAAGGGAGUGCUGGGUGGAAUGUUCAAGAAGAAGUCUCCCAAGUCAACCGAGAUUAAUCCUGCGGAUGAGGACAAGCAGUCAUUGAAAGACGAGCUCUCAAAAAGCACUGAUGACCUCUCUGAGAACAGUGCUAAGGAGAGGGGUAAUGUGUUUAGUGGGUUGUUCAGGAAACCCCAGAAGCAACCUGAGGAUGCUCAAUCUGAAGAGGAUAAGCGGUCUCUGCGUGGGGAGCUCUCGGCCAGUGAGGAAAGUCUUGCAGACAAGCCCAGAGAGAAAAGCGGAAUUUUCGGUGGCAUGUUUAAAAAAGCCCCAAAACCCCCUGAGGAAAACAAGGACACUCAGGAUAAGGACUCGUUAUCCUCUGAAUUGUCAGCCAGUACUGAUGACCUCUCUGAGAUCUCUAAACCUAAAGAGAAAGGUGGUGUGUUUGGUGGCAUGUUCAAAAAGCCGAAACCUCGUGAAGGCUCAGAUGAGGAUAAGAACUCGUUAUCGGCUGAAUUGUCAGCCAGUACUGAUGACCUCUCUGAAAACUCUAAACCUAAAGAGAAGGGUGGUGUGUUUGGUGGCAUGUUCAAAAAGUCGAAACCUCGUGAAGACUCAGAUGAGGAUAGGGACUCGUUAUCGGCUGAAUUGUCAGCCAGCACUGAUGACCUCUCUGAGAACUCUAAAACUAAGGAGAAACAGGGUGUGUUUGGUGGCAUGUUCAAAAAGCCAAAAGCCAGGGAGAACUCAGAUGAGGAUAAGGACUCAUUAUCAGCCAGUACUGAUGAUUUGUCUGAAAACACUAAACCCAAAGAGAAAGGUGGUAUGUUUGGUGGCAUGUUCAAGAAGCCUAAGGCUCGUGAUGACUGUCCUCCAGAUGAGGAUAAUGCACAGUUGGACAAAAACCUCUCUGCUAGUAAUGAUAGUCUGUCUGACAACACUACAACCUCAAAGGAGAAGACCACAGGCUUGAGUGGCAUGUUCAAAAGGUCUCCCAAGCCUGCGCUGCGGUCUCAGGCAUCUACGGACCCGCUUACUGAGUUUAGCGAACUGUCAGAAAGCAAUGACAGCCUUGCAGACUUUGGCAGUUCACAGGACCUUCUGUCUGUUGACCCUCAGCUUUCUGGCAGUAAGGAAAAUCUCCUUGACAAUAAUAAUGCCAAGGAGAAGAAAGGAAUGCUGGGGAUUUUCCGGAGGUCACCAAGACCUGCGGAACAGGCUGGCGAAGAUGGUGAAGGCCAGGGUCUGGGGAGAAAAGGAAGAGGUUUGAAGAAAAAGCGGGUUGUGUCCUUCCGAGUGAAGAGGACUCUACCCAGAAUGCCCAAGUUCUCCCUCAGUCCCUCGGCUCAGAGCACCAUUGAAGAGCCCCUUCUGGAGCAGCCUGUGGAACUGCAGGAGAUGCCGGCCGCGCAGGAGAGCACGGAGGAGCAGGAGAGCACGGAGGAGCAGGUGGAGAUUCAGGAGGUGGAGAUGGCAGACUUCCCCACAGAAGGGAACCCCCUGGAGGCCGAAGGGGAUGGGGAAGGCCUGCUUGACUGGUGGAGAACGGUAGAGGGUUGGGCCCAGUGGAAUGAAACGAAAAAUUUCCAAGAGGAUGAAGAACAAGAGGCGGUGGAGGCCGUGGCUGACCGUGUGUUCAUGGCAGCUCGUCUCUUUGUGCUCCUCUUCAACCAGCGGGGGGCGACGCUGCAGAAGUACAUCCUGGAGCUGCUGGCGCAGGCCGACGCCGUGGACCAGUUCCACAAGAAGACGGUGUCGGCCGCCGUGGGUGGCGGCGUGGCCAGCGUUGCGGGCAGCAUUGCCACCAUCACGGGCCUCGUCCUCGCGCCGUUCACCUUCGGCGCCUCCAUCAUCGUCACCGCCGUGGGCAUCAGCGUGGCCACGGCUGGCAGCAUCACCUCGGCGACGGCCAACAUCACGGACACCGUGCACGCCAAGAUGGACCGCAAGAAGGUGGAGAAGAUGAUCCAGAAUUACCAGGACGAGAUCAAGGACAUCCGGGAGUGCUUGGAGUUUGUGCAGGAAGGAAUGAACACACUGGAUGAAUGGGACUUCCAGAAGUACGCCGACAGCGUGGCCAAGAAGCACAUGACCCGCAACAUCAAACACGUGAUGAAAGAGGGCGGCCGUGCCGGAAAGGCCCUCAUGAUCAACACCGACAGGCUCAUCAGCACCGUGCAGGUGCUCGGUGUUGCCGGCGGCGCUGCCAAGGCCGCCCAGGCCAUCAGCGUCACCACAGGGGUCAUGUCGGCGCUCUUCCUCGCCGUCGACGUCUUCUUCCUCGCCAAAUACUCGCACGAGCUGCGCAAGGGCGCCAAGACCAAGUUCGCCGGCAAGAUCCGUGAUGUGUGCUCGGAGCUGCAGAGUGGCCUGCUGGAGCUCAACAAAGUAAAGUGCCAGCUGCAGAAAACCAUGGACGGAAUCGAGGUGGAGGCUUAUGAGGAGGAGGACGAGGAAGAGGAAGAGGAGGACGAGGAUGACCUGGAGUCAGACCCGGUGAAACUGGCCCAGCUGGAAGAGGAGCUGGACCAGCUGGAGGAGGAGCUGGACAAGAAGAUCCAGGAGGAGCCAAGCAAGAGCAAAGAGGAAAAGAGCAAGAGGAGAAGAAGGAAGGAGACAAAGAGCGGGAAAGAGAAGAAGAAUGAAAGUGAGAAGGAAGGGAUGACUGAAAGUGAGUUCAUGGAGGAUGACCGAAGGAGUGUGAAGAGUGAAUAUGGGGACUUGGAGAAACAAGUGAAAGAAAAAAAUGCGGACGAAGUGCACGGGGAAAAGAAAGUGGAGCAAACCGAGGAGGAACUGAUUGAUAAGACUCCAAAGAGAGAUGCAGAGAAGGAGGCCUCAACCAAGAGUAAGAGAGGAGAGAGGGAUGGGAAGAGUGAAAAGGGGGAGUCUGAGAAAGACAAGGACAGUGUGAUGAUGGAAAAAGCAAAAGAGAAGCCGGAAAGAAAAAUGCGUCCACUUGACAAAAGUGAACGAGUGGAGGGAGGGAGUGUGAGGUCUGUACAGAGCAGUGCAAGCGAGAUGAGUGUGACCGAGAGAGCAGCCCAGGAUAAGGAAGGAGUAAUGAAACAAGAAGACGAGACUAAGAAGGGCAAGACCAGGUCUGAAAAGGGAACGAGUGAUAGCAAGAGGGAGGCAGAGAGACAGACUACCAGGAGUAGGAGAGUUGAGGAGGAUGAGGAUAGAGGGAGCCGAAGGGGAAGUAGAACCGAUGUAGACCUCAAAGAAGGUGGGAAAGCGGUCACCAAGCCCAAGCAGGAAGAGGCUGGAGGAGAGGAGAGAGGAGGAGUACAGAGGGAGAGUACAAAGAGACGAGACAGAGACAGAGAGGUCAGGGGUGAAAGGUUGAGCAAGCAGGAAGGAGGUACGAGCAGGGAGAGCCUUGAGGUCAAAGGGGUGGAGGACUAUGGGAGGAGGAGAGAGAGGGAAGGGGAGAGAAGAGGUAGCAGGCAGGAAUAUGGGAGUGAGAGAGGAGGGGUAGAGGGGAGGAGCAGGAGUGGGCAGGACACCGCCAGCUUAAGAGGAAGGAGUGCAAAGGAGCGGAACGAGGAGAACCGAGGAAGCAGGCAGGAGCACGAGAGGGAGCGUAGAGGGGGUGAGGAUAGGAGGGGAAGUAGACAGGAAAACUCUGCUGAGAAGCACAGGGGAAGUGCAAAAUGGGACGACAGCCACACUGAAGGAGAAGCCAGAGAGAAGAGAAGAGAGGGACCCGGAGAAAAGCCAGAGCCAAUGUCUCGUACACGCUCCAUGCGUCAGGGCGGCCUCAAUAUAUAACCUGUGUAAGACUGCUGUGUAUGAGCCACAUGUCUCAUGACUUUGGGGUUGGUUUCCUGUGCAUGGAUUAAGUCUAAUCCUAACAGUACACUAAAAUGCAAUUUUGAUGAACAUUUCCAUUGAAAAUUAGCCUGGGAGAACCCAGACAAAUCUGUUAGUGAAUUUGAAGAGGCCACUGACGCCCAUUUAUACUAUUCCUAAAACCCUGGCACCAACCCUGGUCGCUUAUCUGACAUGGGCGGGCUUUAUAUGAUGACACAUAGAGCAGUGCAUUCAACACAACCAAUGGCUGUGUUGAUGGAGACAGAAUUAAACCAUAUGAGCUGGAAGUCCAGGAAGUCCAGACCUCAAUCUCAAUUGAGAUACAAUGUAUAGUGUCAAUGAGGAUGCUGAAAAAAGCUUGCAGUCCAGGACUAGGCCUAAUCCAUGUGUACAACAUUUAUCUGUAAAGACUAGUGUAGAGCAGUUGAGAUAACCAGACAUUUGCUGAUGAGUGGACAUACAUGAAACUAGAUGGACAAAGGAAAUGUCUCUAAUUGGCCUGUCUAUACAUAACCACUAUGUAGUCAUUUUGGAAGUACAUAAUUGCAUUGUGUUUCCACAUGUUUGAUCAUUGCCGAUUUUAAUUACACAGGCCGAUGUUUACUGUUACAUACCAUACAUGUACCAUAAUUCAUAUGGUACUUUGCUAUGAGUUUAAACCUUUAAAUCUUCUGACAAAUGAAUACACAUGCUAGCAAUAAUGCCCAACACCCGUAGCCUCCUUGCUAGCACAUCCACCUCCUCUCUCCAAGAUUGUGAACUAGAGUUCGGUGCAGGACUGUGUGUGUCUACACAACACAGGUUACAGAUACUUUACUAUACUGUACUUGCACACGGAUUUCUUAUCUGACACUUAUAAGUAGCCAACACGAACAAUAAAGUAGUAUUGCCUACUAUUGUUGCCAAAGUCACAAGACAAGUUAAAGUAGCUUGGUGUUUAAGGGACAGCUGGGACAAAUUUAGAUUUUUCUGAUGUUUGCAUUUUUUACAUUGAUCAAAAACAUUCAUUCAAAUGAAUGAAUUCAAUAUUUCACCCAGUGCUACUUCUUGGUCACUGGCCUACAGUAGGAUGGGUGACAAAAAAUCCAAAUGGAUGUUACCCUCUAUUAUGAAAUAAUCUUUGUCAUAUUACAGUGAUUUGACUAGCUGACUUUUGAAUAAGAAAUACAAAUUUCUCCAUCGGCCUGAGAGUGUUGACAUGUUCUCUUAAAAAUAUUGAAUGGAGAACUUGUUUGGCUAAUUCAUAAGCUAACUAGGUUGCACAAAAUUACACAGACAGCAGUUCAGCAGCACUUUAGAAUCUUGCUAUGCAGGCACAUGCAUUUGUCGGGUAGUUGUGGGGACAUAAACUAUUAUAUGUAAUAUUUUAUAUUUAAUAUUUUUUGAGAUGCACGAAAGAAUGAUAUAUGGUGACUGAUAUGGUGACUGUCCAAGUGAGUGGCAGACAGUCACCCACCCACUGAUGCCCACUCAUGGCUAUACAACUGGUGUAGAAAUGAUCGUCAUAGUUUUGCCAGUGGUAUAUUUUUUACUUUGUACAUGCUGCUCUGCUGUUCAUAUUAAUAUUUAGUAACGCUAUAAUUCUUUGAUAGUGUAUUGGGAGAGUUUUUUGUGCCUUAAAUGUGAAAUGUAUUUUAACCAACUAUCCUUCCAGUAUGAAAUACUUUUUAAUGCACUUGGCAUCUCAUAUGAUCCAAGAUCAGAUCAGAAUGCACUUUAUUAGCGUCUCCCCUCAGGACCACCUUAUGUCUCCAUAUCUCCAUGGAGAGGAGAGGAACACAUCCCCUCAGUACUGUGCAGAGUAGUGGGUGGAUGCAUUCAAUCCAUUAUAGCCAUUAAAUCCAUUAAAGCCAUCAAAUGUUUGUCAAAAGAGGGGGUGGAGUCAGCACAGCACAGAGUGUCUGCUGUGAAAUUCUCCACUCUUCUAAGAAAAUGACUACUGAUUAUUUUUUUUAUCUUUGUUGUAUGUAUUGGUGGGAUUGUUUUUGUGCUCAUAGUUGUGUGCUCAUGUUCAUUUGUUCAAAUAUUUUUUCUUUGUUAUGUGUUGUCUUUGUUGUCGAUGUAAAGUGCCAAACCUCUCUGGUGUUUCAUGCCACUGUCGUACAAACUGUUACAAUGGGUUCCUUUUGGUAUUUUUAAUAAAUUUCUAUUUCCAUA